AUUAUUAUUUUUUGUUGCUUUUGAUGACAUCUUUUCAAAUUGAAUAUAGGGUACCACUUUGAGUACCACAUACUCAAAUUGUAGUAAAAGUCAUUAGGAUUUUUUUAUAAACUAGUUCAAGUUAAUAAAUAGUUACAACUAACAAAAUAUGUCCCAAGAAAAUGAUGAAGAGGAUUUAGCCUUUAAUGUAGAAGAAGUUCAAAAGAUUGUAAGAGAUAACAUUGAAUUGUGCUUAGGUGGCAACGUGUACAGCCACUCGCGUACACCGCAAUGGAUCUCUAUUAUUACGGAAAAAACUUUAUCGAGAUUGAAUAAACUUAACAAACCAUUCAAAUACAUCAUGCGGAUUAUAAUUACCCAGAAGAAUGGUUCUGGUUUACACACAGCGGCGGCAUACUAUUGGGAUACGGCGACGGACGGCACGUGUACCGUGCGUUGGGAAAACAAGUUCAUGUACUGCAUUGUAAACAUAUGGGCACUAGCACUUCAAAUAUAGUGUAAUAAAUAAUAUUGUAAUAAGUUUAUUUCAUUUACCAACAUUGUAUACUUCAACGAGUCGGGGCAAUAAGCCGAAGCUAGUACAUAGCAAAUUUUAACUUUCAUAGCAUCAUUAGACCACUACACUAUAAUUUGUUGUCUACUACAAAAACUGUUAUAAAGCGCACAGUUAGGUUCUCGUUCCAGCUUCACAUGACUAAGGAUCCUGAAUGGUCCCGAAAGUAGUCAAACAUUCUUAACUAAAAAACAUAUAAGUCAGACCAGUUAAUCAUAGAGUUAUAGUUAAAGAUUUCGUUCCACAAAAUUUAAUUGUGACAAAAUCAGUGCUUUUUAUUUUAAAACUAAAUUGCUCAACCGAUUUUGAGAAAAUGGGACCAAUUUGUAAUUAUAUCCUUUCAGUUAAAAGUUUCCCAAAUUUAGAACUGAUAAAAUUAUGAGGUAACAAAAUAAAUACAAUCUAAUUAAGGAUCUCCUUCCUUUUAAAGCCGGAUGAAAAUAUUUUAAAAACACUAUUGAGACUUAACGCGACGAAAAAUGAAAAAAAUUGGAUGAAAAUGUUAUAAAGUUGUAACCAUCAUCGACGUAGAUACAUAAACAAUACCACGGAAAUAUAUUGUGCAACUAUGUUGCUAAAUUGUUCUAAAAUUAUUUGGAAAAUUUUGCUAAAUUUAGUUUUAUUUAUAUCUACACUAAUAUUAUAAAGAGGAAAGAUUUGUAUGUUUGUGUGUAUGUAUGUUUGUAAUGAAUAAACUCAAAAACUAC